GCGCCGAGUGUCUCUCGUCCCCUGCAGCACGCUGCCAGCUGGUACCUCCCUCCUUUCUGAAGCGUAACUGAGGAGGGGGUGGAAGGCAGAGGAAGUUUGGUGCUCAGUUUUUUUCUGUAGGCUUUGCAGAAGGAUUCCCUGUGCGUGGCAGCGCGGAGGGCUGCAGGACGGGGUGCGGAGGGGCAGGGGCACGGCCGGAGCCGGGGCUGUGCGGAGCCGUGCCCCGCCGCGUACCUGCGGCGCUGGAUGCGAGCUCCGCGCAGCUCCGCCGAGCGUAGCGGCAGCGGCGCGGCUGAUGCAGAUGCGUGCAUGUGUGUGUGCUUAACCCUUUCUUGGCUCCUCGGAUUUGUACCAUGCUGAAGAUCCUCACCAAAAAGCUCAGGAACCAGAGUUUGAACGAAAUCCAACCUUUCCAGCUAAAGAUCUCCUAUCCUCCAAGUGAUGAGGACAGCGAUGACUCUGAGGGAGAGAACCAGGAACUUGCUCAGAUCGACAGAGAGAGAAGACGGAAUUGUGCCCUGACUCCUCUGGCCACCAACCAGCUCCAGAACCAGGAGAGCCAAUGCUGCAAGGUUCGGGCCCUCUUCCACGCCAGCCUUGACCGGCACAGCUCGGAGGAGGAGCUGGAGCGCAUCAACCGGGAGUUUGCGGCGGAGAAGCGCAAGUGGUCGCAGGUCAGCCGGCUCACCUGCUGCGGCGACGGCAACAACGCCUCCUCCAGCGACGAGGAAGUGAAGAACUUGUGCGCCAUGUCCUUCCGGCCCGUGGCAGAGCGGGGCGACGGCCUCCAGGCCAGCCCCAGCCCCGUGCUGUUCAGUGCCUCCCCUCCCAAGAGACUGCAGCCCCUGGUGCGCAGCCCGGCCUCCACACCUCUGAUCUUCACCAGCGUCGGGGCGGGCCUUGAGCAGGUCAUGCCUUGUAAGAGACACCGACAGGGAUAUGGGGAUAAGGUCAGCAGGCCCAGCCUUGACCUGGAAAAAAUGCAGCAGAAGAUGCUGCUCAAGAAGAAUUGUGGAGCGAAGACUAGAGUAAUUAAAAUUCGUAGCACCAACGGAGGCCGCCCGCCGCCCCACUUCCUGUACGAUCCCUCCACUUUUGCCUUCCGUUCCCUCAGCACCUUGAAGCCGCUGAGCCCCAUAGCUCCAGUGGAAGAACCGUCAUGUGCCUACUGAAGGAGUUUCUCCAGAAAACCUCAGGAACUGUCACCCAGUGUCCUGCCUGGCAGGGAGCAGGGGAGGUGGUGAUACCCAAGGGGAGGGGUGGGAGAAGAAGGGGCAAUGAGACGUCUUUGCAACACAGCUGCUCCGGCAGGGGGAAGCGAAUGGCUUGGCAGCAGUGCCUGUUCUCAGACCACUGAUGGAGCCCAGCAGUGGCACAGGGAGGGAGUUUUGUCUCUCAGGGCAAAGCAAACCAGUCAGGUGCACAAGCUGCAAGAACUGCCACCAAGGCAGUGUCAAAUGUGAGUGAGGAUGGUGGCAACUGAAGAUAUCCAGGAGCUGUUCAGGGGUUAGUGUGACCUGCAUGGCAGCAGGGGUGAGUGAUCAAGCUGUGAAACCAAAUUCAGUCAGUUUCCCAAGGAUGCCUGAGUCUACAGUGCUUUGCUAUAGACCUGACACUUCUCCCACUCAGAAGUGAACUCAGGAUUGGAGAAAGAGGCUUACAGAGCUGCUUGCAAAACAAGAAGAUCCCUCUCUGAGAUUGUUAUAAUUGCAUUCACAUCAAGCUCUCUCAAGUGGAAAACCUGGGGACAGGGAGGUGUGUGGAGGAGUAACUGGCACAUUUAACUGUGCAUUCCAGAUGAUCUGCUGGCAGUUCAGUGAUACUGCCCAAAAAGAGAUUGAAAUGGGAGAGUGAGACAUGCAUAUGUACAUCUGGGGUUAGAAUAAAAUUCUAGAAUUGGAAAGUCUGUGUUGAGCCAUCCAGGAAAAUGCAGCACCCACCUUCAGUCCUCUCAGCAUCAUCCAAGAGAAGAACUUGGGGGUGACUGUGUGCCCAUGGAUCGCCUCUCUGCUGGGGCAGUGUGUGUUCUGGGGUAUGUCACACUUCUCCAUAGUAUUGUCCCACUACAUGAUGGUGGAUGUAACUGGUACCACCAAAUUCAAACCAAUUUAUUGCCUCCAGCAAGCUUUCCACUCCCCUUGUUAAAUUCAGGUACACUCCUCUGGUGUCAGUGAGACAGUAUUCCCAGAUGAAGCAAGGAGUGUGAAAAAGUCGAUUUUGUG